GUUGAAGCUGAUUUUCCAACUUCAAUUCCACGAGAAGGCCCAUGUUGUUGCUUUGUUGGUGAAAUGUCUGGAUUCGAAGUCGCCGGCGUUGUGCUUGGGUCAUUGCCUCUCCUCAUCAGUGCCAUGGAGCACUAUAGAGACGGCCUGGACCCUGUCAAAGCCUUCCUCAGGUACCAGGAUGAACUCAACAGAGCGCUUCGUGAUCUUCGCGCUCUGCACACCUCCUUGGCAAUGACGCUUGAGUACAUACUGAAGCAGGUAGCUGGCCAAGACGAGGUGAUCGACAUGAUGUCCGACCAUCGCCAACAAAUGUGGAAGUCCAACGAGCUUGAAACUAGCCUGAGGUCUCUUCUCAAAGACGCCUAUGACGACUAUGUUGAUAUCUUGGGGGAUGUAGAGUCUGAUCUCAAAGUUCUGGCAAGCAAACUCCAAGGCCUUGACCGUUGGUCGGGGACCUCUGAUGAACUUAAAGCUAUAAUUGUCGCCAACCCUCCAUCAUCCUCCAACACGAUGACGCGUCCAAGUUACGAGUUCAAAGCUCGUCUCAAGUUUGCCAUGCGGAAAAAGAAAAUCGUCGAGCUUAUCGAAAGGAUCAAAAAGCGUACCACUGAGCUUGAGGCCCUGAUUUCCAAAGUCGAGCGACGUGGGGAGUGGACCACCUGGAAAUCGAGCCUGAGCUCGUCUCUGGAGGAGAUCUCAGAGCGAGCAACGACCCUUCACCAAGUUCUCUCUCGUGCCUGGUCAUGCUCGUCAAAGGGACCGCAUCACGUUCGCCUGUUCCUCGAACAUCGCAUAGUGCGAAAGCAGCUAAGGGCCAAACUGGGAAAUAAGAAUUCAACAGACUUCGGAAUAUCACUACGAACUCCGUCUGCACCGAGCAGCUGGCACGGGGCAGAGGUCAAAGUUGAAGAAAAGGAGAUUUAUGGAAGCAAGAUGAGAUUCGAGGAAGACAAGCACGCCGACACCAACGAGAUUGCCAAGCUAGAGGAAAUGUCCAACCUCUGUUCUAUCUUUUGCCGUGAGGCUCACACGAUGGACUGCUAUGGGUUAGCUGUAGAUUCUAAAGGCAAGUUACGGGGGGUUUACAAAGCCGUCAACCCACGUUCUCACGUUUCCAAUCGGCUUUUUAACUUAGAUGACCUGCUUUUCCCCUCCCCAAAAGCUAUAAUGCACUCAACGCUCAAAGGCAGGAGCAGAUAUCUCCUUGCAAUCACACUUGCCUCGUCCUUUCUGCAGCUCCAUGGGACGCCGUGGUUAUCAUUGCACUGGGACCGAGAUGAGAUUUUCUUCUUGGAACAUGGAAACGAGAAGGAUCUCCGCGUUGAUGUGGAACAUCCAUUUGUAGUGCAGUCUUAUCUUCGUCACCAUGGAGGCCCGAACUGUGAGACUCCAUCCUGCGAUGCAUCGAUGGAUGACAGUUCCAACCUUCUUACUCUCGCCAAGUUACUUCUGGAGAUCAAGCUGAGCUACAAGCCCGAAUUUGUACAGAAAGGUGAUACAGGAGAUGGUCGGCGGAUGAGCGGGGCCGUGGAGGCAAUCGGUGCAUUGACACUUUCUCGCUGGAUGAAACAAGAGAAGGAUGAGCUCUCGUACGCAUGGACGGAUGCAGUGCAGCAUUGUAUAGACUGCUCAGUGAACGCUGACACCGAUCUCCAGGAUCUGAAUCAGCGGAAAAACAUCCUGAACCAGGUCGUCAUGCCGUUACUGGAGGAGAUGUAUUCAUGCUACCAUCAAAGGGGACCUUUGAGAGACUUGUAAUCGGCUAGAAAGUAUAUAGAAUGUGACAAAGUGGCUAGCCUGACGGGUGGAAAAGAAUUGGGACGCACCAGAACCCCCUUACGGCGGUCAUAUCUGCAGUGUCGAGUAGCAAAAGCUAUCUAGAUAAAUACAUAG